GUUGAAAGAACGUCAGUUCUCGCGAGAAGCGCGCGUUGUUGUUGCCACAGAUAGCACAGCUAGCGCCUAGCCGAGCUAUCUAGAUUUCUGCAGUCUUUCGCUUUCUGUUGGACUGCAAUGGACCCUCUCGGAGCCCUAGACGAGGCAGAGAGGCCACUGCAUCGUCCGUUUUUAAUCGGGGUUAGCGGAGGUACCGCCAGUGGCAAGUCAACAGUUUGCGCCAAGAUCAUGGAGCUCCUUGGCCAGAACAAGGUGGACCACCGCCAGAGGAAGGUGGCUAUUAUAAGCCAGGACAGCUUUUACAGAGUCCUGACUCCAGAGCAGGAGGCAAAGGCGCAAAAGGGCCAGUAUAACUUUGAUCACCCAGAGGCAUUUGACAAUGAGUUAAUGUACAAAACCUUGAAGGACAUUGUGGAAGGAAAGGUGGUUGAAGUGCCAACAUAUGACUUUGUCACCCAUUCCAGGUUGGAAGACAGGAUCACAGUUUACCCAGCAGAUGUGGUCCUCUUUGAAGGGAUCCUGGUUUUCUACCCCCAGAAAGUGCGUGAUAUGUUUCACAUGAAGCUUUUUGUGGACACAGAUUCAGACGUCAGGCUGUCUCGCAGAGUUCUGCGAGACAUGAGCAGAGGGAGAGACCUUGAGCAGAUUCUCACACAGUAUACAACGUUUGUCAAGCCUGCUUUUGAGGAAUUUUGCUUGCCUACCAAGAAGUACGCAGAUGUCAUCAUUCCACGGGGAGUUGACAAUAUGGUGGCCAUCAACCUCAUCGUGCAGCACAUCCAGGACAUUCUGAACGGAGACAUCUGCAAAUGGCAGCGGGCGUCCAUCAACAGCCACGGGCGGGGCUUCAAACGGGCGAUUUCCGAGCAGGGCGACCUGCAGAACGGAGCCAUUAAUCCUCCUGGGAAGAGGGUCCUGCUGGAGCCCAGUAGUCGGCCUCACUGAAAACUGUGUGGAUGGAUGGAUGGAUGGAUGUGCCCAGACUGUGAAGAUGAGCUUUGAGUUGGGAUCGCUGCUACUGAUUUGUGCAGAGUGGGUCAGUGACUGUCAAUGCCAGUCUCAGCCUCUGCAGCCUUUUAAAAAAAAAAAAAAAAAAAAAAAGAAUAUCCACAGUAACAAUGUUGCAAGCAUUUAGUGUUGCAACCUCUUCAUAAUUCUACUGUAAUUACUGCUGCAUAACAAAUAUGCUAAUAGUUUGCUUUUCACAUGUAAAAGUCUUCCAUGAUAUUAUUUGAUUUUUUCAGUGUUAACUGCAAUCUGAUGACCUGUUACUGAAAUGGAAGGUUAUAUAUUCGAGGCUACGAGGUGUUAUUUAAAUGUUCAAUUUCAAUCACGAUUUUGCACUCUAAGUUUGACCUUGUAAUUAUUAUACAAGCUUUUGCUUUUUUGUUGCUUCAAUAGAGGUUAAUAUAUUUACAUUAUAUUAAUAAUGUGUUGUAGGUACCUCAUUGCUUUCCCUGUUUCUGCUUUUAAUAAGUAUUGAGUACUUCCUUUGGAUUAUUUAAUUCUUAAUACAUGCCUUAAUUUUUUAAAGUUCAUUUUCCACGCACCAUUCUGCUACGACAAUAAAUUGGACUUCUGUUA